AGAUUUUUUUCAUUUUAUACCUGUGAAUUUUCUGCAAUCCAAAGAUGGCAGCAAAUAAGCCUAAAGGACAGAAUUCAUUGGCUUUACACAAAGUCAUCAUGGUGGGAAGUGGUGGUGUAGGAAAAUCUGCUUUAACACUACAGUUUAUGUAUGAUGAGUUUGUUGAAGAUUAUGAGCCCACCAAAGCAGACAGCUACAGGAAAAAGGUGGUUCUGGAUGGAGAAGAAGUCCAGAUCGAUAUAUUGGAUACAGCAGGGCAGGAAGACUAUGCUGCGAUAAGAGACAACUACUUCCGAAGUGGAGAAGGAUUUCUUUGCGUCUUCUCUAUUACAGAGUUGGAAUCCUUUGCAGCAACUGCAGACUUCAGGGAGCAGAUCUUAAGAGUAAAAGAAGAUGAGAAUGUUCCCUUUUUGCUAGUUGGUAACAAAUCGGAUUUGGAAGAUAAAAGGCAAGUUUCUGUAGAGGAAGCAAAAAACAGAGCUGAUCAGUGGAAUGUUAACUAUGUGGAAACUUCUGCAAAAACACGAGCUAAUGUUGACAAGGUGUUUUUCGAUUUAAUGAGAGAAAUUAGAGCCAGAAAAAUGGAGGACAGCAAAGAAAAGAACGGGAAGAAGAAAAGAAAAAGCCUAGCUAAGAGGAUCAGAGAAAGAUGUUGCAUUUUAUAAUCAAAACUACAAAUUCCUUUCCUACCCUGACCAUACUAAUAAAAACCAUAAUUUAUAAGCA